AUGAAGCCUUCUGCAUCCUUCGGCCUUAUCAUCGACCUCUACUCGGCCAUAUGCGUUGCUGCAUUACCGACUCUCAAGACUAUUCUCCACCGACCUAGCCUGCUCUUUCGUCCCCAUGAGAUAUCACGCAUAUUCAUGGCCACUGUAUGGGCUGCAUUUUCUGGACCGACGGAUGAAGGCGCCCGACCAGCGAAACUAGGCUUGAUCAAACACGCCAGGGGAGUGCUUUUCGAUAUUGGAGCAGGUUAUGGCCAUUCCAUCCCUUAUCUGGACCGCCAGAAUGUGACCGCCUAUGUUGCUUUGGAGCCCAAUACGCUUAUGCAUAGCGACCUUCGUCAACGGGCUGAAUCGCACGGCUUCAAUGAAAAGGAUGGAACUCUGUUGAUAUUACGAGGCUGUGGUGCGGAAGACACAGCUGAAAUAAAAGCACAACUUGCUGGCGCUGGGUUUCAAGUCGAUACGAUGCUCUCAAUCAUGACCAUAUGCAGCAUUCCUAAUCCCAAGGAAGCAUUAGCGGGCCUUGUGAACGAGAUUUUGGCGCCGGGAGGUCAAAUUCUCUUCUACGAGCAUGUUUUGAGCCCGCUUGAAGAUGUUGCGUGGUGGCAGCGCUUUUGGACUCCGGUGUGGCGGCUCUGCUUCGAUGGGUGCUGUUUGGAUCGACCGACCCAUUUGUGGGUUCAAGAGUUACAGGAUCAGGCUGGAAAUAGUGUGUGGGCUGAGCGAGAAAUAUGGGGCAAGGCAGGAGAGCCUGAUGAGCAUUUAUUUUGGCAUCGCGUUUGUCGCCAUCUCACUCUUUCUUGCUCAAUCUUUACUCCGCCAUACAGCACAAUGGCCCAGCGCGUCACGCUGCGAAAACGUCAGCCCUACAACACCACCUCCAACCGUAGGCGGGUUGUGAAGACUCCUGGUGGAAAACUCGUCUACCACCAUCUCAAAAAAAUCGCAACCUCGCCCAAGUGUGGAGAUUGCGGAAUUGGUCUUCCUGGUAUCCCAGCGCUUCGCCCUCGCCAAUACGCCACGAUUUCCAAGCGCCAAAAGACGGUUCGGAGAGCAUAUGGUGGUUCGCGGUGUGGAGACUGUGUCAAGCAACGCAUUCUCCGUGCAUUCUUGGUCGAGGAGGCAAAGAUCGUAAAGAAGGUUAUCAAAUCACAGCAACAGUCGAAGAAGUAG